CCUCCAUCUCUUUCCUUCCGUUUCCCUUUCUUUUCCCUUUUCACGUUUGCGUGACGGUCGUGUAAAUCAGUGUUUGCAAACCAAUCCCAGCCAUGGUGCGUAUGAACGUGUUGGCCGAUGCCCUGAAGUGCAUCAACAAUGCUGAGAAGCGAGGCAAGCGCCAGGUGCUGCUGCGUCCCUGCUCCAAGGUGAUCAUCAAGUUCCUGACCGUGAUGAUGAAGCACGGCUACAUUGGCGAGUUCGAGAUCGUCGACGACCAUCGCUCCGGCAAGAUCGUGGUCAACCUGACCGGCCGCCUCAACAAGUGCGGUGUCAUCUCGCCCCGGUUCGAUGUGCCCAUCAACGACAUCGAGAAGUGGACCAACAAUCUGCUGCCCUCCCGCCAGUUCGGCUACGUCGUGCUCACCACCUCGGGCGGCAUCAUGGACCACGAGGAGGCCAGGAGAAAACAUCUGGGAGGCAAGAUCCUCGGCUUCUUCUUCUAAAGCCACGGAAGAUACAAGAAGAGACAGUCUGUGUGUGGGGAGUUGAUAUGUAGAUUGACGUUUUAUUUCACCGAUACACACAAUUAUAUACAUCCAAAAACUACGUUUUGUAUACAAACCACGGGGCGAGAACGCUGCUGCAUUCAUAUAGACAAACCAACGACAAUGAAUGUUCUGUUCACAAAGAAACGCGAAAUAAAAUGAUUGAUACAUAAUAA